GUAAACAUGAAAGGUCGUGAGAAAGGAAACUUUUAACAGUUAUUUGACGAUUAAUUUAAAACGGAUAAUGAAUGGCAUUGCACGAUUUACAGAUCAACUUUUGAUCAACAACUGAGGAACAUCUGGCAUAUUGCUAUGUCCUUAAACAAAAAAGGAUUUCUCAAGGCAUGCCUACAUACCACAUGUUGGAAGAGUUUGUGGAAUGACUGAAGGAUGAAAGAAUUUCCAGAAAAAUAAAAUUCUUUAUGAAUUUGUGAAUGGAAAUGAAACCCAAGGAACUAAUAUAUUUGCUUACCAUCCAGUUGAAAGUAUGCCAAUGGAAUAAAGUGCAACUGUCACAGAAGUGCACAAAAUAAGGUCAUGCUUUCUGCAAAAGUUCACCAAGCUGAUUCAAACUACAAAUGGGAGUCAAGAAAAAAGUAAAACUAACUGAACUGAACAGUUCAACUGUGAGAAAUGUUUGGUAAUAGUAUGUUUUGUUGCCAGAACAGCAGUGAAGUGGUUAGAGUAAAACUGUCUUAAUGGCAGAUAAUAGUUGGUUAUCUUCCCCUGCCAACCGACAGGUGGCGCCACUGUUCCCGGUCCAUCAGAAUCCCUUAUCGAUUAGCAUCAUUCUGAGACAAAUCAAAACAAACGUUCUUUACUUUUAAAAAAUGGAAUCUAAGUUCGGAUCAUUUACAAUUCCACAACUGAAGGCAGAAUUGAAAAAAAGGGGUGCUAGACUUUAUGGACGUAAGAAUGAAUUGGUUGAAAGAUUAGUGUCUUACGAGAGAAAUCAAAACUUUGGAAAUGUAGAGACUUUAGAGCCUGAAUACAACAUGACAUUACCAGAUCCCACAAAAUAUGCGGAUGUCAACUCGGAUUCAAAAUUUCCGAAAACAGAACUAGACAGUGUGCAUAAGUAUCUGGCACAGCAUGAGAAAACCCUGGAUAAUCGUAUUCAAAGACUAUACAAUGAGCAGUUUUUGAGAUAUUUCCGUAUGUCACCAGGACAGGAUGUUGUAUAUAUUAAAUCAAGUUGUCAUGCAGAGAUGAAGAAAGGUGUGUGUUAUACUGUAGAUGUUGAACUUAACUCUGGGGGGUCAGUUAUUGAGGCACAGUGUGAAUGUGCUGCUGGUAUGGGGCCACAUGCUCACUGCAAACAUGUGUGCACAGUACUUUAUGGUGCAGUAAUGUUCUCCCAGAAAAAGACAGUAAAAACGGAAGAAACAUGCACCCAAAAAUUGCAAAGUUUUCAUAAGUGUAAAAAAUAUUUAGGAAGUCCAUUAAAGGCUGAUACACUUGAUAUGCCUGGUGCAGCUGAAUUAACAAACAUUGACUUUGACCCAAGACCAGAGCAGUUUAGAAAUUCUGUUAGCUAUCAAGACCAUUUCAGAAAUGCAUGCUUGAAUUUCCCUGGCAUAUCCAAAAUGCCAAUAUUUCAAACUUUUGAACCAGCAAACACUAAAGCUGUUGCAUUAGAUCAUGACUAUUUAAAACUUUCGCCAGAAGAGAAUUUCCUUCAGAAAAUUUUCGUUACCAAAAUCAGUGAUGAAACGGUUAUUGAUAUCGAAAAAAAAAACAAUUGGCCAGAGCGCGAAUAAAUUAUGGAAAGAGGAACGUACAAAGCGCCUACCAUCCUCGAUGUUUGGUAAAAUUUGCAAGUCUACUGACCGGACUGAUAAAGAUAAACUAGCCAGAUCUUUAGUUGAUACAAGAGAAAUUAAAGCGGCCGCCUUGGAACAUGGACGCAAACAUGAAACAAUCGCUAUAACAAGAUUUAUGGAAGAUACCGGCAACACUGUGCAUUCCUGUGGUUUAGUGGUCUCGAAACAAUUUCC